GGACCAGUAGGAGCGAGGCGCCGCUCUCGGUCUACCUGUGUUCAAACCGGUGGUCAGGCAGCUCGUGUCGCAGUAAACAACAGCUCUGGGCUUUAAAUAUCCUCCAGAGUACUGUCAAACAUGGAGGUGACAGAAGAAAAUCUGGGGAGACUGGUGGAGGUUUUAACUCACACAUUCUCUCCUGAUGUCACACAGCGCCGCUCAGCUGAGCAGUUCUUAAACCAGGUGGAAGGUCAUGAAAAUUACCCAGUGCUGUUGCUCACAUUGCUAACUCGUGAUGAAGGACAAGUUCCCAAAAAUAUCAAAGUUGCUGCAGCAAUCAACCUCAAGAAUUUGGUCAAGAGAAAUUGGGUUGUGGACGAAGAUGGGACCGAUAAGAUUAGUGCCAGCGAUCGUUCUGUUGUUAAGCGUGAAAUUGUGGACCUCAUGCUGAGAUCAUCGGAAGGUGUUCAGCGGCAGCUCUCUGAAGCUAUCUCCAUUAUUGGAAAGUCUGACUUCCCUCAUCAGUGGCCAGAUCUAAUUCCUUAUAUGGCUGAGAAGUUUAAAUCAGGUGACUUUAACAUCAUCAAUGGGGUCCUUCAGACGUCUUAUUCUGUAAUGAGGCGAUAUGAGUUUGAGCACAAGUCUGAGGAACUUUGGCGAGAGAUAAAAUUUGUUUUGGAGAAUUUUGCUCAGCCACUAACAAACCUCCUUGUGGAACUAAUGAAGUUUGCCGGGGAAAAUCUUAACAAUGCAGUAGCCCUCAAGGUGAUAUUCUCCUCCUUGGUGUCAGUUGGAAAGCUCUUUCUGGCUCUCAACUCCCAGGAUCUUCCCGAAUUCUUUGAGGACAACAUGGCAGUUUGGAUGGAACACUUCCUUGGUCUUCUUACAUUCACAAGUCCCCUGCUAGAAUCACAGGAAGAUGAAAUUGGUGUUUUAGAACAGGUGAAAAGUCAAGUGUGUGAAGAUAUAACACUGUAUGCAGCCAAGUACCGAGAAGAAUUUGAACCAUUUAUAGAAAAAUUUGUGACGGCUGUUUGGAACCUGUUAUCAACAACCACUUUGGCUGUCAAGUAUGAUCAGAUGGUGAGUCAUGCAAUUCAGUUUCUCUGUGCAGUUGCUGAGCGGGACCAUAGCAAAGGCCUAUUUGAGAAUGAGCAAGUACUUUCAGGAAUCUGUGAAAAAGUUAUACUUCCUAAUAUGCAUUUGAGACCGUGUGAUGAGGAAUUGUUUGAAGACAGUCCAGACCAGUGGGUGGCGCAGGAGCUUGAGGGUGCAGACUCUGAGACGAGGCGAAGAGCAGCUGUUGACUUUGUUCGAGUAUUGUCAAGACACUUUGAGGCCAGAAUGACUCAAGUUUUUGGACAGUAUGUACAGUCUAUGUUAGCUACAUAUGCUGAGAAACCUUCAGAGUGCUGGAGAAACAAAGUAGCUGCCAUUUACCUGGUAACAACUCUCUCGGCUAAGGGGCACACUGCACGCCAUGGUGCUACCAAGAUUAACGAAUUAGUCAACAUUGUCGAAUUUUUUCAAGGCCAUAUUCUUCCUGAGCUUAAGAAUCAAGAUGUAAACCACUUACCAGUUCUGAAGGCCGAAGCAAUCAAAUACGUCAUCAGCUUCCGGAGUGUGCUACCCUUUGAUGCAGUGAAGAUUUGUGUUCCAGACCUUAAUCGAAUCUUGACAGCACAGUCACCUGUGGUGCACACAUAUGCUGCUGCAGCAAUUGAUAAAAUCUUCUUACUCCGAGUGAAUAAUCGCCCUGCGGUACAGAAGAGUGAUGUCUCGCCAAUUGCCGGAUCACUGUAUGCUAAUCUCCUUGGGGCUAUGGCAAUGCAAGGGUCAGAACAGAAUGAGUAUGUAAUGAAGACAAUGAUGAGGGUUACAAGCCUUAUUGAAGAGGAUUUGAUGCAGCAUGCUGGUCUUCUUGUACCACAACUUGUCAUUAAACUUCAGCAUGUUGCUAAGAAUCCAACCAAACCCCACUAUGUGCAUUACCUGUUUGAAACACUCUCAUUGGUUAUUAAGACUGUAUGCAAUUCUGUGGAUGGUGCUGUUGGGGAAUUUGAUAGAAACCUCUUUCCAAUAUUUCAAGAAAUCUUGCAGAAUGAGGUUGAUAGUCUCAUCCCAUAUGUUUUUCAGAUUAUAUCCUUACUCUUAGAAAGGCAAAAAUCUGAAGUUCCAGAAGCCUACCUCUCACUCCUACCAUUUUUAGUAAUGCCUGUGUUAUGGGAGCGACCAGGAUAUGUGGCACCUAUGGUCAGACUUCUUCAAGCAUAUAUUGAAAAGGCUCAUGUAAAAAUUGUGCAGAUGGGAAAGCUAGAAGCCAUUCUUGGAGUAUUCAACAAGUUAAAUGCAUCAAAAACAAAUGAUCAUGAGGGAUUCUAUCUACUUCAGUGUAUCCUUCUCCACCUGCCCAAAGAAGUCUUAGAAAAUUACUGGAAUCAGAUCUUCACCAUAAUGUUCAGACGCUUAACAUCAAGUAAAACAACUAAAUAUGUUAAAUCCCUCCUUGUUUUCUUUAGUCUGUUCACCUGCCAAUACUCGGCACCUCGUCUAAUCCAGAUAGUAGACAGUCUUCAGGCUGGUAUGUUCAGCAUGGUUAUUGAACGUCUUAUUUUACCAGAUCUUCAAAAAGUGUCUGGUGAUGUGGAGAAAAAGAUCUGUGCAGUAGGAUUAAGCAACUUAUUAACAGACUCUAUAAUGUAUACUGGAAGUUAUACUGCCCAGUGGGGUAUGGUAUUAGAAGCUUUAAUUAAACUAUUUGAAUGCCCUGAAGAUGGUGCACUACCUGCAGGAGAACACUUCAUUGAAAUUGAGGAUAUUCCAGCUUUUCAAGGGUCCUCUGCACGAUUAAUGCAUGCCAUGCGAGGAGAUAUUGAUCCCCUUAAAGGGCAAGUAGAGAACCCACAAAUAUACUUGGCCCAGCGUCUUUCCCAGCUGUCUCAAGCCCAUCCAGGGACACUUCAGGCUCGAUUGGGACUGAUAAACCAGGAUGCACAGGCACACAUAGUAAAAUAUCUGCAAGUAGCUGGAUGUAACCUUGCAUGAUCAAAAUGCUGAUUGUAUACAAUCAAACAUUGAAGAUAUUACUAUACAACAGCUACUAGCAUCAACAUAAUCUUUCUAUUAGUUCCUUGUAAGCCCAAGGAGAGAUGUAAAGACUAUUUUUUCAUGUUUUUCACAAUGUUAAUAGAUAUAUAACUUGCAUGCUUGUUCAUUUGAGUAGUUGAUUUCAUUAAUUGUGAUCAUUAUUCAAGAUUUAAUUCAAAUGCAGUUUUGUGAAUGAAAAGAAAAAAAAAACAAGAGAAUGAGCAUACCUUUAAGUACUCAUGAACUUAGUCGUAGUAUUGUUAAACAUGUGAUCAUAUAGUAUUAAGGUCUUCAUGUACAUUUAUAAGCCCCCAAGAAAUUAGAUCUUACAGUUAAGAAUCUGUUGGAAAAUAUUAUUUAGAACCUGGUGUGAUAUCUCAUGGUAUAACUUUAAGCUUAUUUGCUUUUACUAAAGUGAAGUCAUGGAAUCUUACACUUUUUACAUGAGACUUUGUUUCCCACUAUGUGGGUGUUUCUGACUAUUAAAUUGAUCAAGUCAUCUCAUUUUCAUAGCAUUUAAGUAUUUAACAAAUGUAAUAAAAAUGUCAAUAUAUAUAUUUUUUUUUUCUAUUUGGUUAUGUCACAAAAACUCAAUGUUUUAUGAGGAAUUCCCAAAGUGAUAAUGGAGUAAAGAAAUGCUCUCUAUUUUGCAUAACUUUAGUUUUCAGUCUUCACAUACACAAGGACAUAGUAUGAUUGGUUGCAACUGUUCCUCUGACUUGUUUUGUUUUGCACUAAAAGCCAUGUCAUUGAAUUUGUAUUAUAUAACAUGAAAUGUUUUAAGUUUUCUUAAAAAGAAUUGUAUUAAUUACUAUCCUCAAUGUCCAAGCAGUUAAAUGGAAUAACAGAGAUACGUAAAAGACCUCAUGAGUUUUGUCACUGCAAACAUAUAAUUAUUUACAAGUCACUUUCUUUCAGGGUCAUUAACAAGUAAUUUCUGAAUUUCAACUUUUCAUUUAUAUAUCCAUCACUGUUAACCCUUUGAUGGCAACUCUUGACCAUUGUCCACUGGACGGGGAAAUAUUAAGAAAUAAAAAAUAAAUAAAAACA